UUUACCUUUUCCUCCAUCCCUCCCUCCUUUCUCUUUAUCUCUUACAUCUUCUGUCCUUUCCUCUGUUCCCCUCCCACCACCAGGAAGACUCUGUGUGUGUGUCGUGGGGGGUGCUCUGCAAUGGGAACAGGGACAAUUCUCCAACUUUGGGCAGUCGAGAGCCUCGGUGAGAUAAGGGGCGUUAAAGCCCUUUGUGAAGGAGAAAGGGGAGUUUCACGGUGUUGAGCACCAAGGAAUUCUAAACUUUGCUAAAACAUCUAGUCUGCAGAAACCAGAAAUGGUCGGGGCCACAUUGUAACCAUUGUCUUUUUUAAAGCCCAUUGAGGGAUGUGAGUCCCACCUUUUUAGGUAUCUGGGGUGCUGGGAGGAGAGAAGAGGUGCCUGUCUCCAUUUUAUGGCCUCAACAAACUAAGUGCUGUGCCCCAGUUCUCGUCAGAGAUCCCUGAAAAAGAACGUCUUCCCAUCCAUUAACAUACCUGGAAAGAUACUGGAACUCCUUAUUAAACAAUCAGUUUGUCAGCACCUACAGGACAAUUUGGUUCUUAGGACUAGUGAGCAUGGACUUGUCAAGAACAAAUCAUUCCAAACCAAUCCUAGCUCCUUCUUUGGCAGGGUUACGGGCCUAGUGGAGGUGGGUAAACAGUAGAUGUGAUCCAUCUUGGUGUUAAUAAGGACAUUCUCACAAACAAACUAGGGAGAUGUGGUCUAGAUGCAAUUAGCAUAAUAUGUGUGCACAGAUGCUUGCAAGCCCGUACUCCAACAGCCCAGAACCAAACAGCAGGAAGCAGAUCAUGCAAUGAACUCCUGCCAGUGCGUGUAGAUUGCAUUACAUGCACCCCUAUGGUGGGAGGAGGAGCUGCUCUGGCUGGGGCAGGGAUGGGGAGGGACCAAACAGGCUGGUUAGUCAGAGGCUGCCUUGACCCCAGACUCACGCCCGCUCCCGGCUCGGUUCCAGGAUGGCCAGGCUCCUGAGGAUGUUCAGGAAGAAGGCUCUGCAGGUGGCCCCAGAGCCUGAGGGAAGCAGCUGCCAUCUUCCCCAGGAGCACAGCGGCUCCUCCGUCCCCACUGGCGGGGAAGGAGCUCCCGGCCAGGCCAGGAGGUGGGAGUACCCAGUCUUCUGGCGGAGAAAACCCGCUCCCAGCGCAGGCGCCGAGGGACCGCCAGGGACUCAGGGGACGAGGAGGAGGAAUGGGUGGACGUGGCCUCAGAGGAGGCUGCUCUCAAUAACAGCCGAGAGCAGCUCCAAGGCGGAGAAAAGGAGGAGGCCCAGCAGCUUGUGUUCCUGCUCGCCAUCAACCCCGCGUCUCGCUGCACAGCAGAGAGGGCAGGACACAGUGGAGCCGCACUGCUGCAAGGCGGCUGUGGCGGAGAGGAUUGUGGAGCUCAUUGAGGAGCUGCCUGAUAACUCUCCACCCGGCGCCGUCCUCGCUAACUCCCUGAUUGCUGUGGGCAACCUCAGCACCAUGACACCUGCCCUGGAGCCAGAGCUGGAGACCCACCUCCUCCGAGCUGCCCUGCACGCCGUCUUCACCCUGGGCAUGGAGAAGGACACCACCCAAGUGCAGGAUCUGCCUAGGGUCUUGCCAGACCUCCUGGACGCCAUGCUGGGGAACCUGCUGGCAGAGUCCCCAGACACCGACAGGCUCCAGUACAUCUUGGAGCACAUUAACUACUGGAUCGUGUCCAGGGUGCCGCGAGAGAGAGCCAGGGCCGUUAAGAGCAGCACGGCCCUGCUCAGAUUCACCAUCACCCUCCCUGAGUUUGACAUAAGUGACCUCUGACCCCAGCUUCCUGACUCCAGGCGUAGGUGAUCUGGCUCCGACGGGCUGUAGGAUCUGCUGCUGCAGGGGCUGUGGGUUAGGAGUGUUCCUCUUGGGGAGGCAGAGUCAGAGCAGAGAGUGAGCCUGGCUUGAGUCAAGUUCUUCUUGUCCUAGUUAAGUGGUGACACUGGGCUUUUAAGGGGACUGUGCUCCAGGUUCAUGCCUCCCUGUCAUCCUGGAGCAGCUGGGGAAGCAAGUCCUCAUGGAGGGCCCUGCCCACAGCCCUGUGCUCCAGGCUUCCUUGGGGGCAGAGGAAAUUAAGGGUCUGGCUCUAGCAUCUCCUGCAGAGGGGCUGAGGGGAAGGAGAGUCUUGGCCCGGGGGGGACUGGGAGCUGACAGGAAAAUGCUGAUGGAGUCCCCUCUCUCUCUCCCGUCCAUUAGAACUCAGCGGAAUUCCCCAGGAUGGGUCACCACAUGGCACAGCUGGCUCUGUCCGUCAGUGACCCAGCCAAGGACAUCAGCCGGCAGGCCAGGGAGGGGGUUUACCGGCUCUACCAGCUGCUGCUGCACCAGAGGGGUAAGGAACCCAGCUGGGAAAUGGCAUCCGCUAGAAGAGUGAGACUGGGACCCCAGCCAAUUUCUCUCAGACUGACCCCGGCUGGAGGAUGAGUCUCUCUAUCUCUUUCUGUGUUCCACACCACGCCCUGCAAUUCUGUUGGGCCGGGCACGCAGCGAGGACUCUGCCCACUGUGCAGCCACCAAUGGGAUUGGAAGGACACAAGCCCUGCAACCAGAAGGACAAAUGUGUGUGUGUCUCUCUCCCUGUCACCUACUCCCUCCUGGGGGAAACCCAGCAGCUGAUGGGGGACAAGGUGAGCAGCUGCAUUAGACUCAGGAGAUUGGGGCGGGGCCCAGGCCUCAUUCCCAUCCUGUGGCCAUUCGCUGGCAUGGCACAAGUUGCCUGGUGGGGAAUGAAAGGGAGAGCAGGUGCUCCUGGGAAGGGAGAUGAAUUCACCUCCAUGAGCAGGAGCGAGCCAGCUUGUCCCCGGAGCAGCUCCACCCAGCUCUUUAGCCAGGCUAAUUAAUGGCAAGCUUUGCCUCAUCCCAGACUUAUGUUCUUAGGACAGGGUGCUAUUGCUCUUGGGAAGGGCAGGAGAGUCCCCCAAGUGCCCUCUGCGAGACUCUCCUGUCCCACAGGGCCGCCCCCAAUUCCUAGUGGUCUGGUGUCUGUGUCACCCGAGCCACCACCCAGAGUUGCUCCCAUCACUGGCAGCCUGGGAGGCCAAGGACUGACGGGUGAUGGCGUCUGACCAGGCAGGGCUGAGGCACAUGGGAAGGGGACGCUUGUCCUGCUGCUGGCAAGGCUGGACCCAUUCUGGAGAGAACAGGAGGAUUC